AUGAAUGCAAAAGCCAACUCUGGAGGUAAGGAAGAAGCCUUGGGAAUGAAGAGCAAGACCCUGGGGGAGAGCAGCCGCCCAGGAGAGGUUGAGAGGGGACAAGUGAUCCUUGUUGCCUACCUGAUUGCAACCCUAGAGCUGACCUUCCUCUUCAUGCAGAUGGGAGUCAUGCCCUACUUGGCAAAGAGCCUAGGUUUGGAUUCAGUGGGGUUUGGCUACCUCCAGACAACCUUUGGUGUCCUCCAGCUUGUGGGAGGUCCCAUUUUUGGAAGGUUUGCAGAUCAGUUUGGCACCCGAGCAGCUUUAAUUCUCUCCUGUGCGUCUGGAAGUGCCUUCUUCCUGCUCACAUCCAUCUCUACCAGCAUCCCCCUCCUCUUCCUCUCCAGGCUGCCAACAGUGUUCAUGCAUGGGCUACCAGGUGCUCAGAAGGUUAUUACAGACCUGACUACUCCUUCCCAACGUGCUGAUGCUUUGGGGAAGCUGGGUCUUUGCUUUGGAAUAGGCAUCAUCGUUGGCUCUGCCCUGGGAGGUGUCCUCUCCACCAAAUUUGGCGUUUUUGCUCCUGCAUAUGUCGGUCUGGUGGGAAAUCUCAUAAAUACCGUGAUAGCAAUGGUUUGGAUCCCUUUGCCGGCUAAACCAAAGUCAGAUCAUCAUGUAACAGAGCAAAGCACAUCACAGUCUGGCAGCGUGUUUAGCAUCAGAGAAAUCCUACGCCUGAUGAAGUUUCCGGGAGUAAUGGAAAUUUUCAUAGUCAAGGUCUUUGCUGGACUUCCCAUAGGUUUGUUCCUGAUUAUGUUUUCCAUCAUCUCUAUGGAUUUCUUUGGCUUGGAAGCAGUGGAGUCUGGAUACCUGAUGUCAUAUUUUGGUGUCCUUCAAAUGGUUGUCCAGGGUCUGGUCAUUGGAAAACUCACUAACCACUGCUCAGAGAGGACCCUGCUCAGGCUCAGUGUCUUUGUCUUUGCCGGCGUGGGCCUAGGCAUGGCCCUGAUGAGGACCGUGUGGCACUACUGCAUUGUUGCAGUGCCGCUGGUGUUCGCCUUCAGCACACUGGGCACCAUCACUGACAGCAUCCUCACCAAGGCCGUCCCCUCCUCUGACACUGGUACCAUGCUUGGAAUUUGUGCCUCAGUGCAGCCCUUGACCCGGACGGUGGGCCCAACCAUCGGUGGAGUUUUAUACAAAAAAUUUGGAGUCUCCUCCUUCGGCUAUUUACAGCUAAUUGUCAAUAUAGGUUUGUUUGUUUACCUCUUAAAGACUAAAAUCCCACUGAGAGAGAUGAAAGGCCAGUAA